CUCGCAGUUGGAUCACAGCAGAACGCGCGCAGAAACAACACAGGGCACGGGCAUACACGACACGACACGAGCAAAUUAAGCACGCGACGACAGCAAAGCAGCUAGCUCGCCAUGGCAGCCGCGUCCACCGCGCCGCUCCCGCUCGAUGACCGCGUCGCGCUCGUCACCGGCGGCUCCCGCGGCAUCGGCCGCGAGGUGUCCUCCCACCUCGCUGCGCUCGGCGCGCGCGUCGUGAUCAACUACGCGUCCAACCCCGCCAGGGCGGACGAGCUCGUCGCGGAGCUCAGCUCGCGCGGCCUCCGCGCCGUGGCCGUCCGGGCGGACGUCUCCGACCCGGACGCCGUGCGCGCGCUCUUCGACCGCGCCGAGGAGGCCUUCGGCUCCCCGCCGCACAUCGUGGUCGCCUGCGCGGGCAUCCUGGACGCCAAGUAUCCCAAGCUCGAGGACACCGCCUUGGAGGACUUCGACGCCAUGUUCGCGGUGAACACGCGCGGAAAGUUCCUGGUGUGCCGGGAGGCGGCCAGGCGCAUCCCGCCCAACAGCGGUGGCCGCAUCGUGACGUUCUCGUCGACGACGGUCGGCACGCUCCCGCCAGGGUACGCGGCGUACGUGGCGACCAACGCCGCCGUGGAGGCGAUGACGAGGGUCCUGGCCAAGGAGGUGGCGGCGAAAGGGAUCACGGCUAACGUGGUGGCGCCGGGGCCCGUGCGCACUGAGCUGUUCUUGGCCGGGAAGGACGAGGCGUUCAUACAGAGAGUGGCGCAGAUGUCCAUGGGGCGCAUCGCCGAGACGACAGACAUCGCGCCAGCGGUGGCGUUCCUGGUGAGCGACGCCGCGGCGUGGGUGAACGGCCAGGUCAUCAGGGUCAACGGCGGCGUAGCGUGAGUGCGUGGACAGAGACAAGUAUGAGUGGAAAGUUGAUGAUAUGCUGGCGUGUUGGCUGUACGAGUGGAAGAGACAGGUUGUGAUGUAAUACAGUUAUCAUGUUCAUGGUGUUUUGUCUAGUUUGAUUAGAAUACCAUGUUACAAAAUAUUCAGCACAACGCCCAGUAUUUCUUAGAAACAUAUAUCCAGUGAAUAACAAAGUUUUUCAUCUCAUGCUCUAAAAGAAA